UGUGCGGGCAGCGGAAGCGGCGGCCCCGAGGCCGGCGGGAGGGAGCCGGCAGGAGGAAGCCUGCGGGCUGCAUGGCGGGAGCUCCGGGUGCUGGCCAGCCGGGCCCCGCAGCGGGGGAGCCGCCGGCUCACGAGAAGCCGCAGCAGGGCUUCCUCUCCAGCCUCUUCUCCCGGGACCAGAGUUGCCAGCUCAUGCUCCUGAAGACGCUGGAGACCAAUCCGUAUGUCAAACUUCUACUUGAUGCUAUGAAACACUCAGGUUGUGCUGUGAACAGAGGGAGACACUUCUCCUGCGAAGUCUGUGACGGAAACGUCAGUGGAGGGUUUGACGCGGCGACGUCUCAGAUUGUUUUGUGCCAGAAUAAUAUCCGAAACCAGGCUCACAUGAGCAGAGUCGUCACCCAUGAGCUCAUUCAUGCGUUUGAUCAUUGUCGGGCCCACGUCCAGUGGUUCACCGAUGUCAGGCAUCUGGCAUGCUCAGAGAUUCGAGCCGCAAGCCUCAGUGGAGACUGCUCACUUGUGAAUGAAAUCUUCCGCUGGCGGUUUGGAUUGAAGCAACACCAUCAGACUUGUGUGCGGGACAGAGCUGUUCUCUCCAUCUUGGCCGUCCGGACCAUCAGCAGGGAAGAGGCCCAGAAAGCCGUGGAUGAAGUCUUCGAGCCGUGUUUCAGUGACCGGGAGCCUUUUGGCCGGAUCCCGCACAAUAAGACGUAUGCCAGAUACGCUCACAGGGACUUUCAGAACCGUGAUCGCUAUUACGCAAACAUAUGACGAUGGUGGCCGCUGAGUGGCUGAGGGGCACCAGGACCAGGAGGAAAACUCGGUUCUUAGGCACAGAAUGUAUAAAAUGCAGAUGGCCAACUGAUUAGGCUCUACAGAUAAACUGCAGACGGCACUCUUUGUAGUGCUCGGCUACAGAAAAAUAAACAAAGCAAAAAGGAGCUCCUUAAACCGCAGGGCAAAAACGGGGUGUUCAUAGAUAAUCAUUUAGUAAGUAAGGUAAAUAAGUGACAUUUUUGUAUUUUAUUGAUGCUUUACUUUUGUAAUUUGUUCUUAUUACAUGAGAUUCUUUAAAGCUCUACUAUGAAAUCUGUGAA